AUGGAAUAUCCGUUUAUGAUCCAGAUGCUUGGUACAGCAUGUCAUGCAUCUGAUACAAAGCAAGAACCAACAGCCAACAUGUCUAGCAAAAGGGCAAAGACGAAGACCACCAAGAAGCGCCCGCAGCGCGCCACUUCCAAUGUAUUUGCAAUGUUUGAUCAGUCGCAGAUUCAGGAGUUCAAGGAGGCCUUCAACAUGAUCGACCAGAACAGGGACGGCUUCAUUGACAAAGAGGACUUGCACGACAUGCUCGCCUCCCUUGGAAAGAAUCCAACGGAUGAAUACCUGGAUGCCAUGAUGAAUGAGGCUCCAGGGCCGAUAAACUUCACAAUGUUCCUCACAAUGUUUGGUGAGAAGUUAAAUGGCACUGAUCCGGAAGACGUAAUCAGGAAUGCUUUUGCUUGCUUUGAUGAAGAAGCAACAGGGUUCAUCCAAGAAGACUACCUGCGAGAGCUGCUGACGACGAUGGGAGACAGGUUCACAGACGAAGAGGUGGAUGAGCUGUACAGAGAGGCACCCAUCGACAAAAAGGGGAAUUUCAACUACAUUGAAUUCACACGCAUCCUGAAACACGGAGCAAAAGACAAGGAUGACUGAGCAAAGCUCCUGAUACUUGUAGAUUGUCUCUGCUUUACACUUACGUUUAUUUUUGAGGGUUUCUUCCUGAUAGAACUUGUUGCAUGCAUUUACCUUUACAGCUUUUGCCUUUCUCAAUGUAUUUAUCUAUUGCAAGGCCAUUUAGGCACAUUUGCACCCGUGUAAUCAGACUGGAAGUGGGGAAGAUGUUGUGAGGAAAAGGAUACGGGGACAAAGAUCCAUGGACUUGAUAGUCCAGAAAAAUAAUCUCAAUGUUUCUGGUUUAGCUGGAUUUUUACAUUUUUGUAAUAAAUGCCAUUUUGAAAUAAAGAUUGCUAUAUAGCUAAAAUA